AUGAUGAAUAAAAUAUUUUUACUAGCUGUCUUUGUCUCGAGCGCAUAUGCAUAUGUAGAAGAAAGUGCUUUAACAAGCCUGCAAUCUCUCGAUCAUUGGAAUACUUUUCGAAUUGUCAUAUCACAUACAACGGAUGAAUGUUUCUAUCUCGAAGCCAAGUUACACGACACCAUUCAUGUUGUCUAUCAAGUACUGAAAGGUGGUGAUUCAAAGAUUCGCGCGAUCAUAAUCGAUCCAGUGCAUAAUAUCACAUAUUUCAACCCUAAAAAUGAAUUUGGAUGGUAUGACGAAGAGGCUGCAAAAGUUGCAGGUAAAGAAUAUAUUUGUCGAAGAAUUUCACACAUGUUUCAACCAAAAUGUUUACAAGGUACUUAUCAAAUAUGCUUCAAAAAUGAACAAUAUUUUGCUACUAAAUAUCUCUAUAUUGGUGUUCUUGCCGUGCACAAAGAUCGUGUAUAUGAAGCGAGUGUUAACAGCGAAAAGGAGAAGAGAGCGAAUGAAACAGCUGUUCUAGAUGAAUUUUCAACAACCAUCAUGACAUCAUUAAACGAUAUCUCCGGUACUCUCUAUCGUCUCACUGCUUAUCAAACCGUUGCUCGUGUCCAGGAUAUCCAUGAUUUGUACUGGGUUGAAGCUAACGAAAGUUACGUACAAAGCUGGGCAAUAUGUCAAAUUAUAGCUAUGAUUCUUUGCUCAAUCAUUCAAGUCUUCAGCAUUCGCCGAUUGUUCAAAUCACGAAAGCUUCCUAAAUUUCGUUUGGAUUCAUAG